GCUCCUGCGGCCACUCCACCGAAGAGACCGGUGGCCGGAUGUCCAGAUCUCCCGCUCCGAGAACACCUGGACCAGGACGUGCACAGGAGGAGCUGACGGAUGGAUUGAGAACCCCGUCCCGACAAAGGCUCAGGAGGGAGGGUGAAAGCACGCCAAGGCAUCUCCCCUCCUGCCACACCCGAUAUCCCUCCUGCAGUCCUGCCAGCGAGGCGGGGAGUGAGAACAGCAUCAACAUGGCCGCCCACACUCUCAUGAUCCUGUCACGCGCCGCCAGGACAGGAGGUCCUCUGAAAGACAGCUUGCGUCAAGAGGAGGCCAGUGCUGGGAAAUCUGCCAUUCCUAAAGGAAAGAAGCGAAAGCAAAUUGAAUCAAGCCCUCCUGCAAAGAAAGAGCUACAGCUUUCCAGCUCCUCGAGCAGUAAAAAGAAAUCUAAGAAACAGAAGAAGCUGCUGGACUCCUUUCCUGAAGACUUGGAUGUUGAUAAAUUCCUGUCAUCCCUGCACUAUGAUGAGUAACGACGCUGAGGACGAGCCGUGCUGCUGGCCACCAUUUCAGGGACAUAACAAGCCAUGUGUGCUACUGAGAAUGAUAAAAUGGAUCUAUUCAGUACCCGUUCUGAAUAGCUGCUUUCUGUUUUACAUCCAGAAUGUGAGAUAUUGUACAUAGAGACUAUAUUAGCCUAAUAAUCAUAUUCAUACAUUUAAGAUGUUCAUAUACAGGCCCAAACUAAUUAAGCACUCUUCAAAACAGACAAACUGUCAUUUUUGACUGCAUUUGUGAAAGAGUGUCAGAUCAGCUGCUCCAUUGCAACCAGCUGUUGUUUAGUUCGUUGCCUUUUAUGUUUUCCAUCAACUGCACCAUGUGACUACAUUUGUGAACAUUUUUAAGAGAGGUGAUUUCCUUUGUACAGCCUCUAGGUGGUAUUCUUCCUUUACAGUAUGGAUAGAGAAGUUGAAC